CCAUGUGGCCUGUACUACGAUUACAAUUUGGGAGCUUUCUAGACGCCUACGACCUUGACCUUGCGACAGGUGGCCAAGUACGAGUUUAACUACGACGUCAACUCCUUUGGGACGGCCUUCGCCCAGCACGAGUCCAGGAUGGGAGACGUCACCCAGGGCGAGUACAACGUGCUCCUUCCCGACGGCCGCCAGCAGACGGUCCAGUACGAGGCCGACACCGCCGGCUUCAGGUCCAAGGUUAGCUACGACCCACAGCGGGCUCCACGGCCACCCGGCGGAGCCCAAGCAGGGCAGAAGCAGCAGCAGCCCGGAGCGUCCAGCGGGUACCCGCCGGGAGUGCCCGGCCGUCCAGGUAAAGUGUCACCGCCGGCGAGGGUCUUGGUGAACGGAGUAAGCAGACGCCCUGGAAGUUCCAGGGCCUCGGCGGGCAGACGACCUCAACAGAGCUCAGGAUACCCCCGUGGCCGAGAGAGUGGCUACCCAUCUAGAAGGGCGGACAACGACUUCCAAUCUGGAGGAUACCCAUCUGGCAGGCCCGACGAUGACGUCCAAUCUGGAGGUUACCCAUCAGAAAGGCCACGCAGCGCCCAGGCAGGAGGAUACCCAUCUGGAAAGCCAGCCAGUGACCAAUCGGGAGGGUACCCAUCUGGAAUGCCAGACGACGCCCAGUCUGAAGGAUACCCAUCUGGAAGGUCAGACGAUGCCCAAGCAGGAGCAUACCCAUCUGGAAGGCCAGCCAGCGACCAAUCGGGAGGGUACCCAUCUGGAAGGCCAGACGACGCGCAGUCUGGAGGAUACCCAUCUGAAAGGCCAGACGACGCCCAGCCUGGAGGAUACUCAUCUGGAAGGCCAGACGCCCAGCCUGGAGGAUACCCAUCUGGAAGGCCAGAUGUCGCCCAGUCUAGAGGAUACCCAUCUGGAAGGCCAGACGACGCCCAGUCUGGAGGAUAUCCAUCUGGAAGGGCAGACGACACCCAGUCUGGAGGUUACCCAUCU